UAAAAAAAUAUUAUAGAAUUCUACGCAUGUGUGUAAAAAAAUAAUUAAUAUAAAAUUGGCAACCGGCGUGUGAAGUUGGGUAUUCUGCAUUACUACACCACGAAAAAUGAGCUCAUAGGUCAAGUACAUAAAAUCUAUAGCACAUAUGCUGUAGCGCAUUUUGAAAACUAAAUACAUAGAAAAUAGGCGUUUCUAACCAUUAAGAAUAUGACGUCCGAAACUGCGGGAGUUGAUACCGAAGAAAAAAUUAUUAACUGGGAGGAGGAAGCAACGGCGAUAAUAAACGAUGUAAAGUCGCAUGUAGAUGAAAUAAAAAUUUCAAAAACAGUGCCAAGUAAUGAAAGCAACAUUUACCUAAACAUACGUACCAUUGAGGGUCAAAAUUAUUGCGUGCAUGCAUCAAAUGUUGGGUUUCGAGUAGUAUCUCACGAAUACGAUACAAUUGAUAAGAAUAAGAAAGAGAUCAAUGAGGAGGAAGUGUAUGAAACUCCCUAUGCACUCCUAGACAAGAUAAGUCCUCGUUAUGUUGAAUCUUUUGGAAACCAACUCUGUAAGCAACUAUUAAAUUUGCAACAAACACGCGCCCAAUUCAAUGAAGAAGACGAAGAUGGAAUAGAUUAAAACAAUAAUAAAAUCCGA